AUGACGCCCCACUCGCUUGUCCUGGCAGCGCUGGCUCUUGGAGCCUCAGCACAGAGACUCGUAGCUCGCAAUGAGACCGUGAGCCCGCAGUUCGAAGCUGUCUCUGAGUACGUAGACUCGAUCGAGGAUGAUCUCUGGCGGAUCAACAAGAAAAUCCACGACAAUCCUGAACUGGGUUGGGAAGAAGAGCAGGCUCAUGAGCUCUUGACUACGUUCAUGGAGUCGCAAGAUGGAUGGAAAGUCGAGAAAUCCGCGUACAAUAUCAGUACAGCCUUUGUCGCGGUAUUCGAGGGCGAUAGCGAUGGUCCAGUCGUGUCGUUCAAUGCCGAGUAUGACGCCCUUCCUGACCUCGGCCACGCUUGCGGACACAACCUGAUUGCAACCGCUUCCCUGGCCGGCGCGCUGGCCACAGCCAAGAUUGUGAGAGACGAGAAGCUCCCUGGCAAGGUUAUCUUGUUCGGGACCCCUGCUGAAGAGAGUCUCGGAGGCAAAAUCAAGAUGCUCGAGGCAGGCAUCUUUGAAGACUACGGUAUCGACGUCUCCAUCAUGGCGCAUCCUUCAACAUCCGACACUCCCUAUGCCAUCACUUCAUCAACGGAUCGCUUCGAGGUCGAGUACUACGGCAAGGAGGCCCAUGCCAGUGCCGGGCCAUACGAGGGCAUCAAUGCUCAGGACGCAUUGGUACUUGCGUACAAUGCCAUUUCCAUGCUUCGCCAGCAAUCGCUGUCGACGGAUCAAAUCCACGGCGUCAUCACUUCUGGAGGCUCGAGGAUCAAUGUCAUCCCCAGCCUGGCACAAGCUAGCUUUCAAGUUCGCUCCGCCAACGAGGAUCAGCUGGAGGCGUGGACUGACCGGCUCAUGAACUGCUUCGAGGCCGGCGCACUGGCGACUGGCGCGAAACUCAACGUCACCAUGAGGCCAUAUGGCUACGCAAGCAUGGUGACCAACGAUGUCAUGGCCGAGUCGUACGCUGCCUGGUUUGAGGGCCUUGGUGGCACACUCCCCAACCCUGUGACGGACAAGCUUCGGUCACCCGCUGGCAGUACUGACCAAGGUGACAUCUCGCAUGCGUUCCCUGCCAUCCAUCCGUUCUUCGCGAUUGUGACGGCGAACGGCACUGCGCCCAGCAGCGGGCCGCACACGCCUGCAUUCGAGGUCGCUGCUGGGGGUCGUCCUGCGUUCUACCGCGCCGUCAGGGCCGCCAAAGGUCUAGCUGGCGUUGCGGUCGACAUCUUGACCAAGGACGGGAUGCUGGACGAAAUCAAGGAGGAGUUCGAGGCCAUUGAGUUGUCUAAGAGAAUGGCGUUGGCUCUGCGUGGAUAG